CCCGCGGCCCCCCCCGGCCGCCCCGGGAUGUACCGCCGCUCCGCGGCCGUCCCAGCUCCUCGCAGCCUCUCCGCGGGGCGGCCCCGGCUCCCUCCGCCAUGGGGGCCGCGGCCCUGCGAGCCCUCCCCUGGGCCCUGCUGCUGCUGCUGGGCCCGCUGCUGCCCGGGCAGGGCUUGCAGGCCAAUGCCCCGCGGGUCUCCGAGACCCCCGGGGGGCAGCUGUGGGGAGAGCCCGGGGGCAUCACCGCCGCGCCGCCGGCCACGGCCCAGGAGGUGCACCCGCUGAACAAACAGCCCCACAACCACUCGGCCGAGGGGCACGCCAAGCCCCGCAAAGCCUUCCCCGUGCUGGGCAUCGACUACUCUCACGUCCGCAUCCCCUUCGAGAUCUCGCUCUGGAUCCUGCUGGCCUGCCUGAUGAAGAUGGGCUUCCACGUCAUGUCCUCGGUGUCCAAAGUGGUUCCCGAGAGCUGCCUGCUCAUCGUGGUGGGCCUUCUGGUCGGCGGGCUCAUCAAAGCGGUGGGCGAGAAGCCCCCCAUCCUCAAGUCGGACAUCUUCUUCCUCUUCCUCCUCCCUCCCAUCAUCUUGGACGCCGGCUAUUUCCUCCCCUUGCGGCAGUUCACCGAGAACCUGGGCACCAUCCUCAUCUUCGCCGUGGUGGGGACGCUCUGGAACGCGUUCUUCCUGGGCGGGCUGAUGUACGCCGUGUGCCAGAUCGGCGGCACCGGGCUCAACCACAUCGGCCUGCUGGCCAACCUGCUCUUCGGCAGCAUCAUCUCGGCCGUGGACCCGGUGGCCGUGCUGGCCGUCUUCGAGGAGAUCCACAUCAACGAGCUGCUGCACAUCCUGGUCUUCGGGGAGUCCCUGCUGAACGACGCCGUCACGGUGGUCCUCUACCACCUUUUUGAGGAGUUUGCCAACUUCGAGCAAGUGACCGUUAUCGACAUCGUCCUUGGCUUCUUCAGCUUCUUCGUGGUGUCGCUGGGCGGCGUCUUCGUGGGCGUCAUUUACGGGCUGAUCGCGGCCUUCACGUCCCGCUUCACCUCCAACAUCCGCGUCAUCGAGCCCCUCUUCGUCUUCCUCUACAGCUACAUGGCCUAUCUCUCCGCCGAGCUCUUCCACCUGUCCGGCAUCAUGGCGCUCAUCGCCUCCGGCGUGGUCAUGCGUCCCUACGUGGAAGCCAACAUCUCCCACAAGUCCCACACCACCAUCAAGUAUUUCCUCAAGAUGUGGAGCAGCGUGAGCGAGACCCUCAUCUUCAUCUUCCUGGGUGUCUCCACCGUGGCUGGCCAGCACUACUGGAACUGGACCUUCGUCAUCAGCACGCUGCUCUUCUGCCUCAUCGCGAGGGUUCUAGGCGUCCUGGUCCUCACCUGGUUCAUCAACAAGUUCCGAAUCGUGAAGCUGACGCCGAAGGAUCAGUUCAUCAUUGCCUACGGGGGCCUGCGGGGGGCCAUCGCCUUCUCGCUCUGUUACCUCCUCGACUACGAGCACUUUAACAUGAGGGACAUGUUCCUCACGGCCAUCAUCACCGUCAUCUUCUUCACCGUCUUCGUGCAGGGCAUGACCAUCCGGCCGCUGGUGGACCUGCUCGCCGUGAAGAAGAAGCAGGAGACGAAGCGCUCCAUCAACGAGGAGAUCCACACGCAGUUCCUGGAUCACCUGCUGACGGGGAUCGAGGAUAUCUGUGGUCACUACGGGCAUCACCACUGGAAAGACAAGCUGAAUCGCUUCAACAAGAAGUACGUGAAGAAGUGCCUGAUCGCCGGAGAGCGCUCCAAGGAGCCGCAGCUCAUCGCUUUCUAUCACAAGAUGGAGAUGAAGCAGGCAAUCGAGCUGGUGGAGAGCGGGGGCUUGGGCAAGAUCCCCUCCACCGUCUCCGCCGUCUCCAUCCAGAACAUCAACCCCAAGACGACACCCUCCAUGACACACGCCGUUCCGGCCCUGUCCAAGGACAAGGAGGAGGAGAUCCGGAAUAUCCUUCGCAACAACCUGCAAAAAACCAGGCAGAGGCUGCGAUCCUACAACCGGCACACGCUGGUGGCUGACCCCUACGAGGAAGCCUGGAACCAGAUGGUCCUGCGGAGGCAGAAAAUCCGGCACGCGGAUCACCAGAACAUCUACCUGACGGUGCCGACUAACAAGAUCGAUUCGCCCACCAUGUCCCGGGCUCGCAUCGGCUCAGACCCGCUGGCCUACGAACCCAAGCCGGACUCGGAGAACCUGCCCAUCAUCACCAUCGACCCGGCCUCCCCGCAGUCCCCGGAGUCGGUGGACCUGCCCAACGAGGUGCCCAAGGGCUGCGGCGGCCUGCCGCCCUCCCCCGAGGAGGACGAGGAGGGGCUGGUGAUGCGGGCCAAGGAGCCUUCCUCCCCCGGCACCGACGACGUCUUCACCCCGGGGACCAGCGACAGCCCCAGCAGCCAGCGGAUGCUGCGGUGCCUGAGCGACCCGGGGCCGCGGCAGGAGCCCGAGGAGGGGGAACCCUUCAUCCCCAAGGGGCAGUAGCGCGGGGGCUGCCCGCUCCUUCCUCCGGUUUCCCUCUCUCUCUUCGUUCGUUUUCUUUCUUUGCUCCCCCACACUUUCGGGUUCCUCUAUCACUACACACCGGGUUUGGGAAGGGGGGACCGUCCUGGACGGACGGGAGCUGCGGGGACAGCCCUGCCCAGCGAGCCGUGGAGCGGCCCCGAGGAGCAGGAUGGAGCCCCCGGGACAGGAGGGACCCGGCCCCGGGGCGAGGACGCUCCCCGGGCUCCAGGACCGGUGGGGCCGGCGCGGGGCUUUGCCGGAGGUGGCCCCGACCCGCAGUGACUCCACGGGACGGCUCCCGCAGAUGCGGCGUUGGGCUGCGGCUGCAGAACCGGGGGCUUCUCCUCUCCCUUUGCUUGCUGCGUGUCUGCACCCCCCCCCGACCCCAGGGUGCGGCGCGUGGAGGUGGGGGCCGGGCUCCGCGUCGGCGCUCCCCAUCCGUGGCUGCGUUCCCCGCAGGGCCGGCUGCUGCCCACCAUUAUCCCCAGCGCUGCGUUCACGCCGGCUCUCGUUCAAUCAAUAUCCUAUAGCCGUGCGGGGGUCCCCGCUCCCCUCGCGCUUCGAGCGGCCCCCCCGCCCCCCCGGCCCCGUGCAUGUCCCCUCCUUCAGCCCCACGUGGGGGUGGAAGCAGCGCUGGCUGCUCCUGAACCAAAGACAGCCCCGGGUUGGGCGCAGCACGCGGGUGGCCGUGUUGUCCAUGUGCCAUCCCAACGGCGCGCACGCGCUCUGCUUCCGGGAGGGAGAAAAGAAGCAAUGACAAUUCUCUUGUAUAGAAAGGAAAAAAAAAGAAAAGAAAACAAAACAAAACAAAAACAAAA